UGUGUGUGUUAGUGAAGAGGUCCCCAGGAGACACUGUGGCUGUCCGAAACCAUCUCCACAUCUACAUACACCAUCAUGCAUCUCCCUUCAGAUCCAAAGGUAGAGAUAGGACUCAGAGAACAAGGCACGGUCAACCUUGCCUUUGGGGCUUCCGACAGCAACAGAGGAGCAGACAGGAUUGACAUUGAUGGGCCACAUAAAGAGAGCAAGGAAGAAGAACUUGGCUCCAAGAUAAAAGGCUUGGAUCUGGUCUACUCCCUUAACGACAAGCCUCCCUGGUACCUCUGCAUCCUACUCGGUUUCCAACAUUACAUAUUGGCAUUUGGUGGCAUCAUCGCAAUUCCUCUUAUCCUGGCGGAGCCUCUCUGCAUCGGAGACAAUAAUGCAGCCAAGAGCAAGUUGAUCUCCACCAUCUUCUUUGUGUCUGGGUUGUGUACACUGCUCCAGACAACAGUUGGAACCAGGCUUCCAAUCCUCCAAGGGGGCACCUUUAGUUUAAUCACCCCCACUCUGGCGAUCCUUGCUCUGCCUAAAUGGAAGUGUCCUGCACCAGGGGCCCCAUCAGUGUCCAUGGAGCUCCAAAAUGCUACUGACUUCCUGCAGGGGGACCCUGAUGAGGUUUGGAAGUCCCGGAUGCGUGAGAUUCAAGGAGCUAUCCUGGUGUCUUCCCUGCUCCAGCUAGUUCUGGGCUUGUCGGGUAUGGUGGGCUUGGUGCUUAAGUUUAUUGGCCCACUGGCCAUAGCCCCCACCAUCAACCUCAUUGGCCUCUCACUCUUCAUAGAAGCUGGAAAGAAGUCUGGAGCACACUGGGGAAUAGCAGCAUUGACGGUGUGUCUCAUCUUGCUAUUCUCCCAGUACCUGAGCAAAGUCAACGUACCUUUGAUUACAUACCAGGACAAGAAAUGGAAGGUUUUUCAAUACCCUCUCUUCAAGCUCUUCUCAGCUUUGUUUGGGAUGUGUGGAGCUUGGUUGAUCUGUUUCUUGCUGACUGUCUUUGACGCCUUGCCAUCUAAGCCGGACGAGUACGGCUACACAGCCAGAACCAACAUUAACCUGGAGGCCGUGUCCACGGCUCCCUGGUUUCAAUUUCCAUAUCCAGGCCAGUGGGGAGUGCCCACUGUGAGUGUGUCAUCAGUGUUGGGCAUGAUGGCGGGCGUGUUGGCCUCCACUAUGGAGUCCAUUGGGGACUACUAUGCCUGUGCUCGUCUGUCAGGGGCUCCUCCACCACCCACCCAUGCCAUCAACAGGGGCAUUGCUGUGGAGGGCAUUGGCUGCAUCCUGGCUGCACUCUGGGGUAGUGGAAAUGGUACUACCUCCUACAGCCAGAAUAUCGCAGCACUGGGGAUUACCAAAGUUGGCAGUAGACUGGUACUCCAAACAGCAGGACUCUUGAUGAUCUUCUUGGGGCUCUUUGGAAAGUUUGGCUCUGUUUUCAUCACCAUCCCAGACCCAGUCAUAGGAGGCAUGUUCCUUGUAAUGUUUGGAAUGAUUGCAGCUGUUGGAAUAUCCAACCUUCAGUAUGUGGAUCUCAACUCCUCAAGGAACCUGCUCAUUUUGGGCUUCUCAACAUUCAGUGGUCUCGUCCUUCCAACCUGGUUUCACUCCAACCCAGGCAUAAUUGACACAGGAUCACAAGAACUGGAUCAGGUGAUUGUUGUUCUCUUUACUACGCAUAUGUUCAUUGGAGGAUUCUUUGGAUUUGUGCUAGACAACACAAUUCCAGGAACAGAAAAAGAGAGGGGCAUUAAGAGUUGGCGGAACAAGGUAGAGGAAGGCAGUAGCACUCAAACAAUGGACGAGUCAUGCUACGAUAUUCCAUUCUGCCAAGGCUUUCUAAAGCGAUUCAAAUUCUUUCACUAUCUACCUUUUCUUCCAUCUUAUAAUUGUCCAGAACAGACAAUGCCAAUAAUCCCAGAGUAACUCAUCUACUGUUACCAGCACCAAUCAUCAUCUUUUAAACCCUCCAUUAAACAAUCAGUCAAUCUGCCACAUUGCUUUACGUGUUUACCUGUACAUGUUAAAUCGAAGUGAAAGGUCUUGUGAAGUUAUGACCAGGGCACCAUGACUGUGACACAUGGGAACAAGGAGAGGGUCCAAUCUGAGCUUCUUCCCUUUUACAGAAAGAAAAAGAAAAACAAUGCAAUAGUUACAUGGCCUACCUUUCAUUCAAGAAACAAUAGUAAACUUAAAAUCUCACAUGCAUGGGGCCAAACUGGUAGAUGUAUUUCAUGCGUUAGAAUGUGUGUUAGAAUGUAGGCUCCAUCAUAAAUAACACUGUUAUUUUACACUGGAGUCAUCUCCAGGGGAACUGUUUAAGACAGUCAGCAAUAUUUCCAGGUAUCAAAGGAAUGAAAAUAUAUGGCAUCUACAGAUUUAUGGAAAUAGUGUUGCUAACUUUUGCUAAUCUUCUUAUAAACAAACAAAUUAUAAUUAUUUUGUGUUUGUUUUACAAACUUUGUAAACAAAAAAUGUAUAGAUAAAAACAUUUUUAAGUUA